AUGAAGUUUAUUGAUGUUUGCGUUUCUUUGCUUAAGUUCUGCGUUCUUGUCUUGCUCGCUUUCCCUAGCAACAAUGUCUGUACGCCUUUUGACAAACGUGCGGUGGAUGAAAUCUGGCUUAUCGCGGAUUCAGGCGCUCAAAUAACAUACGUAUUUGAUUACAAAUAUCCAUCGUGCAAAAAUACUCCCGAAGAAUAUGCGAACCACAUAAUUGAAUUGCCGUCCGGUAGUUUAUUUGAAAAUGUAUGGUUUGGUGGGUCAGGGUCGUUCCAUAAUGGAAUGGAAUAA